AUUUACAGAUUUUUAUUUGUUACUUUUUUUAACAAUUUUUUAACAUAUUAUACAUAUCUUUUUUAAAUCUGUAUAGUAUAAUAUAUCAUGAUACAUUAUAGGUCUUCAUUGCUAAUCAUUAUAUUUAUUUUCGUUUGAUAAUAUUUUUGACGUUUAUGUACAACUCACAAUGUUAUGUACAACGUUGAAAUGUUAUGUCCUAACCUUGAAAAGUUUAGAUUAGGUUAGAUUAAUUCGAACUCUUUACAUGGGAUAUGUAUUAGACUAAACAAUAAUAUUGUCAAUUAUAUUGAUUUAUAAUUAUAUUAAUGAACAAUAAUAAGUUAAUAUGUGGUAAAAUGUUGAUUAAAUUUUUUCAUUUUUUGAUGUGACAUCAAACAUUUGUUGUACUCUUAGUAUGUAAUUUUUUUAUUAUUCAAGUUUAAUGUAGUGUUGUGUAAUUUAAUGCCUUGUAUUAAUAAAUUAAAAAAAUGGAUGCAGAAGUUAUAGAGCACUUUUAUGGCGUAUAUUUGUUAUAUUGUAUGAAUCCAAAAUAUAAGGGAAGAACAUAUAUAGGAUAUACAGUUGAUCCUUGUCGUAGACUUAAAAAACAUAAUGCUGGGAAAAAGUAUGGAGGUGCAUGGAAAACAAGUAAUAGAGGACCGUGUUUGAAUGGGCUUGGCAACAUCCUCAUGUUAGUCGGCGUUUAAAACAUAUACCUAAGAAGAAAUCACAGCAGAGAGUGUUUGAAUUUUGCUUAUUAGUUCUGUCAGAAAUGUUAAAAGUUGGACCUUGGUGUCGUUUACCUUUAACAAUCCGUUGGUUAGAUUAUGAAUUUUUCGACAAGUAUUCUAGUUAUGUUUCAGCUCCAAUGCAUAUGCCUAUAUGUCAUGGAAGAGUAAUUUCUAAAAAGAUUAAAAAAACAAAUGAUAUAGUAGAAACACUAGAUAAAUUGUCUAUAAUCUGUUUUAUUUGUAAUGCACUUUUAGAAGAGAAAGAAGCAGUUAGCUGCAUAAAACCUAGUUGUUCGUUAGUAGCUCAUUUAAUUUGUUUAGCACAAUUAUUUUGUAAAGAUAACAUGAUUUUACCGAUUGAAGGUAUUUGUCCUGUUUGUAAUACCAAUGUUUUAUGGGGGGACUUAAUCAGGAAAAAGAUUGGUUGUUAUGAAAAUUUACAAGAAGUUUCUUCUAGCGAUGAAGAUUGUACUUAACAUAUUAAUUGUACUUUUUUAAUUGUCUACAGUUUUAGCAAUGUAUAUGGUAACAAUGUGUGUCAACAAUGUAAAAUUAUUUAAUUACUACUAUUUUUAAUCUAUAUAUAAAAGACAGUUUGUAAAUAAAAUCAUCAUUGUAUUUUUAUUAUGUGUAAAUACACAAUUAAGUUAAUAAACUACUAACAAGAUAGAUU